ACGCACUGAUCAUUUUUCCGAGAGGGCCGCCGCGCCAGUGUCUGGGCAGCCACUGGACUGCCUAGCCGCGUUAGUCUCUCGCCCUCUCCCUUCAAUUCCCCCCAUUCAGCUUAGCCUGCGCCUUUGCUUCAAAUAUGUCCCUCCUGUAGCCUUCGGGCCUCUCACUCUUUCUUUUCCUCUCGUCCAUCGGUGAUGGCUAUAUCUUCGGCCACGCGCAUUCUGGCCGCCCGGCCUCUCGUCCUUGGUUUAGCCAAACUCUUCUGCCUCGCCCUUCCUAACCUGCCCGUCAUCUCCGCCGCCCCAACUUAUCUCCUCAAAUCCGAUGUCGACCCCAAACCCCCGGGCGAUCCCAGCCUCUGGCUGUACCUGGGUGUCGCUGCCGCCCUCGUCUUAAGCGGCGGUGCGUUCGCUGGUUUGACCAUUGCUUUGAUGGGCCAGGAUGAAGUUUACCUACAAGUCAUUCAGACCUCCGGUGAAGGCUCGGAACGCAAAAAUGCCGCCAGUGUGUUGAAAUUGUUGCAGCGGGGGAAGCACUGGGUACUGGUGACCCUGCUGCUCAGUAACGUUAUCACCAACGAGACUCUUCCAAUUGUGCUCGACCGCUCACUUGGCGGUGGCUGGCCUGCGGUCCUCGGCAGUACCGUCUUGAUUGUUAUCUUCGGCGAAAUCGUCCCCCAAUCGAUCUGUGUCCGUUAUGGUCUCCCCAUCGGUGCCUGGAUGGCCCCAUGUGUCCUAGCGCUCAUGUACAUCAUGUCGCCUGUCGCUUACCCGGUCGCCAAACUGCUCGAUAAGCUGUUGGGCGAAGAUCACGGCACCAUUUACAAGAAAGCCGGUCUCAAGACCUUGGUGACGUUGCACAAGACUCUGGGUGAAGCCGGGGAACAGCUAAAUUCGGAUGAAGUCACCAUCAUCAGCGCUGUGUUGGACCUCAAAGACAAGGCGGUCGGAAGCAUCAUGACUCCAAUGGAGGAUGUCUUCACCAUGUCGGCCGACACUAUUCUCGACGAAGACACAAUGGAUCUGAUCCUGUCGCAAGGAUACUCCCGCAUUCCCAUCCACGCACCGGAUAACCCGAUGAACUUUGUCGGCAUGCUCUUGGUGAAAAUGCUGAUUACCUAUGACCCUGAAGAUUGCAAACGCGUGCGUGACUUUGCUCUGGCUACCCUUCCGGAGACUCGCCCUGAGACAAGCUGUCUGGACAUCGUCAACUUCUUCCAGGAGGGCAAGUCCCACAUGGUCUUGGUCUCGGGAUAUCCGGGUGAGGAUCGCGGUGCCUUGGGUGUGGUCACUUUGGAAGAUGUGAUCGAGGAAUUGAUCGGAGAAGAAAUCAUUGACGAGUCCGAUGUCUUUGUGGAUGUACACAAGGCCAUUCGCCGCAUGGCUCCGGCUCCGAAGUCUCGCGUUCCCAAGGGUCGGAUUGUGGAAGAUCCCCCAAUGCUUCCGCCUGAGAACACUCUAGUCGAGGUCGAGAACGAGAACGAACCCCCAGCCCCACCGAAUGGCGCAACGAAGGACCACCGCCGACUUUCAAUCGAAGCACCCCUGCCCCGGUUCCAGCUCCGCCGGCCUCAGUCCGACAAGAACUCGGAUUCGACCGACGGUUUAUUCACGCAAAGGGGGACGACGGAUGAGAUCCGCCAGCACUUGAAACAUCUCGGUCCAUCCAACUUGGCUAGCCGACCGCGCCAAACACGGUACCAGAACGUCAAGAUCAAGCGAAGCGUCUCGCCAUCCCGGUCGGGGCAGACUGAUCUUGAGUCUACCCAGAGUAUAUCCGAUUCGCAGACGAGACACCCCUCCAUUGGUUUGCAGGGAGGCAUCGGCGCCGGGCUGGUACAAAGUGGUAUGGACGCCCGCGACGGAGUCCUUGCCGUGCGUACGGGCUAUGGAACAAUGAACCAUGCCAAACCCCCUGCUGAUGCCGGUACUCAGACGAAGGAUGGACCCCCGAUUUCCAUACCAGAGCCGGUGCAUGAAGAGCAGGAUGACAACCCACGGUCGGCGGGCAGCCGAGCGGGUAGUGCCCGGUCCAUCGACUCGCAAUCCGAGCAUCUCAAGCCCGGCAGUUAUUGCCACCGAGGCCCCGCCCGCAGUGGCAGCAUCACGGAGCAGGUGGUGGAUGUCAACGGCAUUCGCAAAGUCGUCCUCCACACCACCAGCACGAGCUCCUCUGAAUCCGAACGACCCGGGUCAAGGGAGCAUCCCGAGUUUCCCGUCCGCCAGGAUGGAGAGGUCGUUGACCUCGGGGAGAAUCCGUCGGGCGGGAGCAAACGCCGUCGUCGUCGCAGAAAACGUGGGCAGGCGAAGAAUGGGGAGUCGGGGGAGAACACCCCUCUUCUGUCGCAAUGACGAAUGUAAAUCGACGCUCGGAGUGUUCUGCUGGCCAGAGCGACAGGUCGACAUGUGGAUAGUUGAUAGAAUGCUGGGACGGGUUGUACACCGGUACGACCGACCAGCUGGACGUGUGUGAUGCACAUGCUCACGAGGAGGCGACGGGGAUUUCAAUCGUAUAUUCGUACCCACGCAUAGCCACCCUGCCUGCCCAUAAUGGUCGCUGACAAAUGUCGUGCAUGGAGGGAUCUGGCGGUGUAGAUGAAUCUGGCAUUUUUAUGAAUGGCAUUCUGUUAAUCCUUGCA